AGACUGUCCUCACGUAUGUGUGAGAGAGAGAGAAUAAGCGCGACCACCACCCCACCUCCACCUCCUGCAUCCCUCUAUUCAAAACAGGUGCCGUGUCCCUGCACCAGUCACUCCUCUCAACUGUUGUCCCGCAGCUCCACUCGCUUCAUCUCACCUGCAAUGUCACCCCGCAGUGUGCGCCUGCCCGCAAGCAAACCAAUAAAGUCGCCAGUAACAUCAAGACUAAGAUCAAGUGGCGAUGCAGGAUUUGCUGGCAGGCCAAGGUGGCGGGACGUCAUUGGUUCAGCUCGUCAAAACACCGGGAACAUGGUUGGACUGGAAUCUAUGUCAAGAUAUGUGUCUCCGGUGAAUCCGGCCAUCUACCCUCACCUCACCCUUGUGCUGAUGAGCAUUGGGGUGUUCUUCACGGCCUGGUUCUUUGUUUAUGAAGUCACGUCCACAAAGCUCACCCGUGACUUCUUUAAGGAAUGCCUGAUAGCCCUUGUCGCUUCAGUAUUCAUGGGAUUUGGAAUUCUCUUCCUGCUGCUUUGGGUUGGAAUAUACGUAUGAGAGAUGAGAGAAUCCUCAGCAGAUGUGUGUGUGUGAAGUGUGAGUAAGAUUGAGGCAUUCCAACAUUUGUAUACAGAAUAAAGGACUAAAUCUA